CAACAAUAUCAAAACAACAAGAAACAGCACAAAUGAGUACCAUAAGCAGCACCGCUUGUUUCUCUUCAGUCUUCCAAAACCCAUCACAAACUGAACUUUUUCCUGCAAAUUUCAAAUGUAGGUUCAAUUCCAUGCUCCCCAAGAAGCAAUCUAAAAUGGGUGCUCCUAGAAUUUUCUGUAACUUGUCUGAAACCGAGACUGGAGUUGAUGAUAAUCCCAGAAACAGUAAGGUUUCUGUGAGGUCCAAGAACAGGAUGGAAGAGUACAACACUGCCAUGAAGAAAAUGAUGAGGAAUCCAUAUGAGUAUCAUCAUGAUCUUGGCAUGAACUACACACUGAUAACUGACAAUUUGAUUGUCGGCUCUCAGCCCCAGAAACCCGAAGACAUAGAUCAUCUGAAACAAGAAGAGAAGGUGGCCUAUAUACUGAACUUGCAGCAGGACAAUGACAUCGAGUAUUGGGGAAUCGACUUGCAGCCUAUAAUCAAAAGAUGUCGACAACUUGGAAUUCAUCAUAUGAGAACACCUGCAAGAGACUUUGAUCCAGAUUCCUUGAGAAAUAUAUUACCUAAAGCUGUUUCUUCAUUGGAAUGGGCCAUUGCUGAGGGAAAAGGAAGAGUAUAUGUGCACUGCACAGCUGGUUUAGGGAGAGCUCCAGCAGUGGCUAUUGCAUAUAUGUUCUGGUUCUGCGGCAUGAAUGUAAAUACAGCAUUCGAAGCACUGACCUCAAAACGACCUUGUGGACCCAAUAAAAGAGCAAUACGAGGAGCCACCUAUGAUCUGGCUAAGAAUGAUCCAUGGAAGGAGCCCUUUGAAAAUCUUCCUGGACAUGCUUUUGAGGGUGUAGCAGAUUGGGAGAGGAAGUUGAUUCAAGACCGUGUUCGUUCCCUCCGUGGAACCUGAUUAUCUUGGUUAGCAUUCUCUUAAAGCCGGUUCACAAGCGCAUGGCAGACAAAUCCGCAAAAUCUUAGGUAUUGCUUGUGGGAUGUUGAAGCUGAUCUCUCCAGGGACUAUUUUCCUGACUGAAUACCAAAUUACUUGGUCAAAUCAUAAAUAUGAUCUGAUUUUUAUAGAAAUUAUUUGUCAUAAACCAUAAAUAAAACAUAGAGAAGUACAGAAAACACGGAAUAUUCCAUGUUCAAAGCAUGGUUUAUAUGCUAUUGAAGCUAAAUUUUUUAGGUUCAUAA